UUACGUGUAAGUUGCAACACUUGAUCCCACUUCUAGGCAGUUAGGGUUUCAUUUAGGCCAAGGAUAUACAAGUAUUGGAUCUAAGGGCAUAUUCUUCCCAUUUUCAGCUCAUCUAUAAGCAGAUACACCAACCCAAAUAAACAAAAAAGGAACAAUCUUUGAUAUACCCAAAUCAAGAAUUCAUCAAUCAUGGCAACUUCUGAGUUUUUGCAGACAGAACAAGAUCUUCUUAUGAUGUCUUCCCUUUUUGAUGAUCCCAAAGGACAAAAUGUGAAGUCCCGAGGGUUAGCCAUCGAGAAAAAGAUCGAGUUUCUUGAAAGCUUGGCUGGAAAAGUCAGCAACAGAAGAUCCCGCAGAUGGUUGAAUGAUCGUCUUUUAAUGGAACUUGUUCCUCGUUUAAAUGCAGAAGAAAUUAGGGGCUUGUUUGCCCCACCUCCUUUUGGUGAUGAUGUGCCACUCUCAGUAUUUUGCAUGACAAAUGUUGGGGAGUGGGACAAAUUCAGGAAUAUAGACAUGGAUAAAGAGGCUACCAUAAUGGAUGCUCUUGAAGGCAAAACAUCGAAGCGAAAGAGUUGCGUGGAUAAUGAUAAGGUUGCAGUGCUGACUGCAUGGCAUAGAGUGGAUUGUCGAACAAGAGAGGCACUUCGGCGCAACUUUCUCCCUGAAUUGGUCAACAACUAUGAGCAAUGUGUACGAGCAUUUGUGAAGGAGAGUGAUCGAGAUGUGCUGGUGCAACGUGUUCAAGACCCCUUCCAGCGGUUAUUGCUGCAUGGUGUUUGUGAGUUCUACAACCUGGUCUCUGUAACAACCUCCGAAACAGAAGGCAGCAGGGCUGUGAAAAUGACUAGGAUAACGAAGAAGAAGGCAGGUUCAGCUGAUCUUCCAAACAUUACGCUCUGCGAUUUUCUGAAGAUGGCAAAAGAAGGGAUUUGGUGAUUUAUUUUGCCAGGAUCUGGCUCUUGUAUCAUUGCUACUAUGUUGUGCAUUAUUUUAAUUUACUCAUUAACAUCGAUGUGGUAGUUCCCUCAGCUAUCCCAACGUCUGUACUAAUAAAUUAAUGACUGAAUUUUGGGUACCUCAAGUUUGGAAAUGUCUUAUUUCUUGGGGCACCUGAUAAGGAUGGUUGUAAGGAGGAAUCUAAAUUUCCUUUGUAUAUAUUUCAGAAAUAAAUAUACCUUGUCAUUUAUUA